AUGGAACCCAACACGCCACAACACCAGCUGGCACGGCAGAUGACUGCUGCCCGGGGCGACAGCUCAGCAUCGCUGUUCUCCCAGGCUGCCGAUAAUCCCUUCUUCACCGCCGGCUUCGGCCUCGCAGCGCUUGGGGUUGCGGCGCGGACGGGCCAGAAAGGAUUGCAGCAUGGCGCUGCAUUCAUUAAACGCCGCAUGCUCGUCGACCUCGAAAUCACCCGCCAUGACGAUGCCUAUCCCUGGGUCCUGCAAUGGAUGACCAACUAUCACCGCGCACAGCAAGCCGGGGCCAGGCCGCUUGCCCACAACACUGUGCUCGCCAAAAUACUCAAUCGCAUCGACCCGCGCAUGCACCAUCUGCAGGUGCAAACAUACACCCCUCCCGACGGACCUUCGCACGCCGCCCACUUCUCCUUCGUCCCCGGACCGGGCAAACAUUUCUUGCGCUACAACAACGCCUUCAUCCUCGUCGACCGGCAGCGGGAACGAAACAGCCUCAAUGUAAAAGACGGCGUGCCCUUUGAGACCAUCAGUCUCACGACCCUGUACUCGCAUCGCCAUGUCUUUGAAGACAUCUUCGCCGAGGCGCACCAAAUAUACCAGCAGUCACACGAGGGCAAGACGGUCAUAUACAACUCAAUGGGCACCAUGUGGCAGCAGUUUGGCGAUGCAAAGCGGAAGCGCCCGCUCGACUCGGUCGUUCUCGAGCGCGGGGUCAAGGAGAGAAUUGUAGAGGAUAUGGAGGCCUUCAUCUCGUCACGCAAAUGGUACCUGGACCGGGGCAUACCCUACCGAAGAGGCUACCUGCUGUACGGUCCUCCUGGCACCGGUAAGAGCUCGUUUAUCCAGGCAGUUGCAGGUCAUCUUGAUUUCAACAUUGCCAUCCUCAAUGUCAGCGAGCGGGGCCUCACCGACGACAGGCUGAACCACCUGCUGACCAAGGUCCCGCGUCGCACCGUCGUGCUGCUCGAGGACGUGGACGUUGCCUUUAUGAACCGGAAAACGCCCGGCGCAGAUGGAUAUGCAAGCGCGUCGGUGACAUUCUCCGGGCUUCUGAAUGCCUUGGACGGUGUGGCCAGUGCUGAGGAGCGCAUCAUCUUCUUGACGACGAACCAUAUCGAACGGCUGGACGAGGCGCUUGUGAGGCCAGGACGCGUGGACAUGACUGUGCGACUCGGUGAGGCGACAGAGUACCAGAUGGAACAGCUGUGGGAUCGGUUCUACGCCGAUUUCGAUGCAAGUGGGGAAGCGAAGCAGAGAUUUAUGGCCAAGGCCAGAGAGCUAGGCCUCGUGGAUGCAGUAAGUACUGCAUCGCUGCAGGGGUUGUUUCUGUAUAACAAGGACGACACCGAGGGCGCUAUCAAGAUGGUUGAGAGCCUCACCGCCGGGACUCGGGCCAAUGGCCAUGCGGGCGUAGGUGGUCAUGUGCAUGUCAAGGAAGAAGAGGCUACGUCACAUUGA